CCAGCAUGCCUGGCAGCAGCCGUGCACUAAACUCCAAUUCCCAGCAUACACUGCGCGAAAAAGCCUUGGAAGGAGAACAUACAGCACCCAGCCGUCGACUACGUAUGGUCCCAAGAGAUCCCGACCCCCCCGGGGGCGCAUGCGUGGGUGCCUCCGGACCUCUUCCAUAUCAGCACCACCUGAUCGACGCUCCUUUCCCUCACCCCACCCCGCCCCCCGGGUUGCCUUCACCCUCACUUUCAACUCAGCGGGACCACUUCCACUUCCGGCGUUGCUAGGUAUCACUUCCGGUCCAGCGCCCCAAGAUCUGCUGUUUAGACCCAGACCGCGCGGCUGGGCUACGUGUUUCUGUAGGAUUUCCACGCAGACUUCUGUUGACAUCGUGAAUGAUAGUAGGACCUACAGUCUUGUCUUCAAGUCCUCUGGGGGCCAGGAUCAGGAUCAGGACCAGAUGGGCCGAUCAUCGAAGGACAAACGGGAUAUGUACUACCGGCUGGCCAAGGAAGAGGGCUGGCGGGCCCGCAGUGCCUUCAAGCUGCUGCAGCUGGAUGAGGAAUUCCAGCUCUUCCACGGUGUGCACCGUGCAGUGGAUCUGUGCGCAGCCCCAGGGAGCUGGAGCCAAGUACUGAGCCGGAAGCUGAUGGGCCCUGACGUGACCAUCCUGGCCGUAGACCUGCAGGCCAUGGCUCCCCUGCCUGGGGUCAUCCAGAUCCAGGGUGACAUCACCAAGCUGACCCAUGUCCAGCAGGUUUCAACAGCAGAGCAAAUUGUGGGGCACUUUGCUGGGCGCCCAGCUGAUCUGGUUGUCUGCGAUGGAGCCCCCGAUGUGACCGGACUGCAUGACAUCGACGAGUACAUCCAAGCCCAGCUAUUGCUUGCAGCCCUGAACAUCACAACCCACGUCCUGAAUAAAGGAGGCACCUUUGUGGCCAAGAUCUUCCGGGGCAAGGACGUGACCCUGCUCUACUCCCAGCUCCGUCUCUUCUUCCCUGAUAUUGCCUGUGCCAAACCCCGGAGCAGCCGCAAUUCCAGCAUUGAAGCCUUUGUUGUGUGCCGUGGAUAUAACCCCCCUGAGGGCUAUGUCCCUGACAUGGCCAACCCCCUGCUGGACCACAGUUAUGACCUGGAACAGAACCAGCUGGAGGGACCUGCCCGCCUCAUUGCCCCCUUCCUGGCCUGUGGAGACCUCAGUGCCUUUGAUGCUGACCGCACCUACCCCCUGCAGCUGACACCAGGGGCUGGGUACCACUACGUGUCCCCACUACAGCCACCCAUCUGCCCACCCUACCAGGAAGCCUGUGCCCGACGCCGCACUCAACGACUUGCCCGGCCCCCUGGUGGCCCCACGGCCACCACUAGCAGUUUCCCCCUUGCAACCCCUGACCCCAGGGGGAGGGCUGGCAGAGGACCUGCGGGGGCUGGCAGUAAGUCCAUAGUGGGUGGGGCUGCGUCCCUGGACACCUAGCUUGUGUGCGCCUCCAUGCUUACGUUCUGGAUACCUAGGUUCCCUGUACGGGUAUACAGACAUAUAUGCAUGCAUGCAUAUAUAUCGUAAAUGCCUGGAUCCUGCCUGUGUGCACAUUUUUAACUUGUUCUCUUCUGUGGUAGAAAGAAAUAGUCUCUCUGACUCAUUGCAAUAAAAGAUCUAUAACAACCUCA